GGAUUGAAAUUAGUUUCUAUUUGUUGUCUCUUCUAUUUUUUUAUUAUUGGACCUUAAUCUUUUCUUCAGCUCCCCUGUCUCCCCCCAUUCCUACCUUAGAGAAGGAAAAAUGGCGGCAUCAUCGACGUUCGAAUCCUCUCUAAGAAGAGGGAACCCGACGAGAAAGACGACGCCAUCGUCAUCCGACUCUUCGAAAAGAGCAGCAACAGCUCCACCUCGGAGAUCCAGAAGUGUAAGCGCCUUUUCGAGAACCUCACAUUCCGACUUCUCCGAAUUCUCCAUAAAAAGAGACAACCCGCUCUUUGACAACAACAACAACAAUCACGACGACGACGACAACGAAACUGUGUUCAAAUCCGUCCUUAAAUCCGACCAAAUUACUUCCAAAACCAAACACAAAGCAGUUGCCGCCGAUGAGAAUAGCAAUAGGAGAGGCAGAUCUGUUUCCAGAACUGGCCCUGGUGGAAAACACGCGUCGGCGUCGGGGAAUAGCAAGGAGUUGUCUCGGAGCUUGUCCGUUGUGGAUACAAGGAGACGUGUCCGCUCUGUCUCCCGCACUCCACUUUCAAGGAGCCAUUUGGCCUCUUCUGAGAGUGAGGUGGAGCAAGAAGGUAAUUUAUGGAUGAAAUCUAGGAAUAAAGGUAAUUUAAGUGCUACAUCGAGCAAUGGUCAAAAGGGUAACUUUGCGAGGAGCAGGUCUAGUUUGACACGGUCAAGUCAACGGAAGCCUAUUGAUCCUUUGGAUGCUUCUCCUACAAGUUUGUCUCGUUUAAGAACUGCAACAUGGGAUGAUGUGGUCUCGACGAGUUCUUUUUCAGAAGCUGAACUGAUGGAGGGGAAUAAUUUGGUGGGAGAUGAUACUGGUGCUAGUGACAUAUACAAAACUGUUAAAUCAGAAGUGAGACGGGCAAUUUCCGACAUCCAAAAUGAGCUGGAGAGCGCAAUCAGAAGGAGUAAUGUCACUGCAAUUGCUAGUACUGAUGUGACUGAUACCCCUCCUGGCUUGGUGAACCAGGGUACAGUGUCGGACAUACAACAAGAAUAUGCCACAAAGCUGGAGCAGUCCCAAGAACGUGCCAGACAACUUCGAGCUGACCUGGCUGUAGAGGAACACCGUGGUAUGGAACUUAGUAGGAUCCUGAAGGAAGUGCUUCCAGAUCCAAAGACUCCUAGCACGAAGAAAUCCUGUCAAGGAAGAAAAUCUAGUAUUGAGAGAAGGAAGAUCUCAAAAUGUCUAACUGAAGAUGCCCUUGCCUAUUUUGAUGAGUGUGUCUCGCUAUCAACAUUUGAUGGCUCUGACUUCUCAUCACUAGAAGAUCCACCACUCAAAUUAGUUGGAGUUGGCAGCCUAGAUGGUGAUAACAUAUCAUUGGCGCAUGCAAGUUCAAGCACUCCAGCCUCCAAUUUCCUCAGGAAUCAUCUCCGUGAUAAACAGGAAUGUCAAUUCACAUACAGCCAUGAUCCUUUGGAUUUAACAGCCAGUAUUGGUAGCAUGGAGCAGACUCGAGAUCAACUCAUUCUGAACAGUACCGAUGGGGAAUGGGGUCAGAAGUUCCAGUUUUCCUUUUCUCCCAAUCCAGGUAAAAUAUGUGAGCCUCAACAAGACAUUAGGAAGUAUGUCAAAGGUUUUGAGAAAGACAUAGGGAAAGUUAACAUCGAUUCACAGGUCAUGAGAAAUAGGUGUGAUCCGGAUGAGUAUAAUUUGCAGGCCAAACAACAGAGUUUGUUGUUUGAUCAUGUGUUUCUUAGAAACAGAUUAGAAUCUGGCAGUUUGCUACUAUGCAAUGGUGGAUGCCUUGCAGCUUCAUUUUUGCCUUUUGCUUCUGUAAUUUAAAUUUUAUAUCA